AUGUAGUAAAUAUAUAUUAUAUAUUUAAAUAUAUAUAUAAAUAUAUAUAUAUAUAUAUAUAUAUAUAUAUAUAUAUAUAUAUUUAUAUAUAAACAAGGAAAAGGUACAUUUGGUGUUGUUAAAAAAGCUUGUUUAAUAUCUAAUUCUAAAUAAUUUUUUGCUUUAAAGCAAAUUAAAAUAAACAAACUUAACUAAUAAUAAUUAAUACAAAUAUAAAGAGAAAUUCAUAUUUAAUAAUAAUUAGAUCAUCCUAAUAUAGCUAAACUUCAUGAAGUUUUUUUAAAUGGUAAUCGUUUAUAUUUAGUUAUAGAGUUAAUUAAAGGUGAUUUGCUUUUACACAAAAUAAUGGAAAAAGGCAAAUUAAGUGAAAAAGAAUCCGUUUAGAUAAUUUAUUAAAUAUUUUUAUCUGUAAAAUAUUUACAUUAAUUAGGAAUUGUUCACAGAGAUUUGAAGCCAGAAAAUUUUAUUUUUAGCUCAUCCUCAAAUGAAAUCAAGAUGAUAGAUUUCGGUUUAUCAAAAUAAUAUUUUGCAAAAAACAAUAAUUAUGAUAAAAAUGAAGGUUUAUAGACAACUGUUGGAAGUGUAAAUUAUAUUGCUCCUGAAGUUUUAUUAGGAAAAUACGACAUUAAAUGUGAUAUAUGGAGUCUCGGUAUAAUUAUAUAUAUAAUUUUAUGUGGCGAAUUUCCUUUUAACGGUAAAAACUAAAACGAAAUUUUCGAGAAAAUAUAAAAAGGAGAAUAUUCUUUUAAGAAAGAUUUAAAAAUUUCUAAGUAAAUGAAAGAUUUGAUAGGAAAAAUGAUAUGUGUAGAUAUUUAUUGA